AUGUUUUUCAAGUGUUUUUUAGUUCUAUUUAUAAUCGGAUCUGCUGAAGCUGAUUUCAGAUAUUCAUCAGCAUCCUGCGGAUUCCCUCGCCUGCAGAACGGCAGGGUACGGGUGCGGCAGAGAUCGAAACUCGUCAAAUUCAUUUGUUUACCGCGCUACGAGUUGGUCGGCAACAAAUACGCAACCUGCAGGGGUACAGAGUGGGACGUGCCUUUACCGGUUUGUGUUCGGCCUGGAUGUCCUCUACCCCAAAUAGAAAAUGGCGUCCAGAUGCCUUCUAGACAGAACGCGUGGGUGGUGUUCUUCUGUUUACCUGGUCACAAGAUGAUCGGCUCCUCGACUAUAUAUUGUGAUGGCAGGAGAUGGAAUGGCACCGCACCUUCAUGUGUUGAUUCAACAGCGCCCAACCCACUUAGUUGUGACUUUGAAGAGCCGAGCCUAUGCGGCUGGACCCAGGACGAUCUCCACGAUUUCGACUGGAAGCGACUGAACAAGAAGACUCCUUCCUCUUUUCUCUUUACUGGACCGUCGUAUGACCAUACCUUGGGUAAAGGAGGAUCAGGUUAUUACAUGUACAUAGAGAGUACGUCCCGGUUCGAGAACGAUACUGCCCGUCUGAUUUCACCCAUAUUCGAUGGAGCAUUGGCUAAAAACGGAUGUUUUGUGUUCUUCUACCACAUGUUUGGAAAAACAACGGGAGGCUUGCGUGUGUACGAAAAACCGGAAAAUUACGCCCUAGAUUCCUUGCUUAGUCUACCGAGCAAUGAAAAGCAGAAGUAUAUUUUGUUCGAGAAGUGGGGCAACCAAGGGGACGUGUGGUACGAUGCUGUGCUGCAGCUGACCGAUUUUUCGGACAACUUCCAGAUCGUUAUCGAAGGUAUCCGUGGGUCGAGCUUCACCAGCGAUAUCGCAAUAGACGACGUAGCCAUCCUGCAAGGCAGCAACUGCACCGCCGCGAAACGUGAAGCCACCACACCUUCCAAUAACAUGCCGGAUUCCUGUGCGGACCGUUGCGGCAGUAUUGGGAAGCCUAACAAUGAAUUGGGCUGCGGCUGCACUGGAUCCUGUGUGAAUGAUGGGAGCUGCUGCCCAGACUUCUUUGAUCUGUGCAUGUUUUCCACUGAUUCCGACGAUAGCGCAUCAAACACCUCAGUAGAGAUAGCACCUCAAACUCAAAAAUUGGUAGCGACAACGCCAGAAACCACGUCCAGUACAAGAUCGAGUACACCUAUAGCAACGACAAAAACUACGCCAAUAACAACGUCAACAACCCCAUUGACAACUGUCUCGACAACUGUUAAAAGGACAACUACCUCUACAACUAGCACAACUACAUCUAAACCCAAGACGACAACUUCAACAAAACCAACAACAAUAUUUAAGAGGCGUACGUUAGUUUUUAAGACCUCUACACCCGUAUACAAAUUUACUGAAAAUACACGAAAGUUUACUACAGUUAAAACUACAAUAAUUCCAAAAUUGCCCAUAAAAACAACACAAUCGUCUACGACUAAAAUUCCCAGCACAUCUACAAAAAUCCCCAAAGAUUAUUCGAGACCAAUAGAAGACCAUGAUGUUUAUCGGGAUAUGGUUGAAAAAGCAAAAAUGGAACAUGAAGCCGAGCAAAAGAAGGAGGGAAGUAGAACAGUAUCUUCAGAGGAACCAAAAAGUCGUUCGAGCGGACUGAAAAUAGGUCUAAUUAUAUUAAUAGCAGUCGGAUGCUGUGCUGGUUUGGCGUGGUUGAUAGUGGAGUUCGGGAGCGCACGAGGUCGUAUUGCGUUGGCGCGGUUCCGAGGUCAUGUAUCCAGUGAUCCUGAAGUUCGAUACCUUUCAACUGAUGUUGACAAUGAUUAA